GAGAGAGAGAGAGAGGCAACGUAGGCUCCCCGUCAGUCAGACCUCCAUCCUUUUUCCACCCUUAUGAAUCCCUACAUGUUUUCCGGAGGAUAGGGUGAUAUAAGCGGAUUCUUUUUUCCAAAAUACUAAACUAUUUUGUGUGUUUCCCCCCCCUCCCUGCGCACAUCGAUGGUAUUUGUGCGGCAGCAGACGCCCGAGCUUGCAGAGCAGGUGUGAGAGACAGCGGCGGCCGCUCCUCUCCUCCCUUUUUCCGAGGGGAAAUGUCGAGCGAGAAGCCGGUUUCAGCACCACCGGGCUCUGCUUCUUUGCUUACGGACACCGACCCGCAUCUUCCGCCGGGCUCCUCCUCCUCCUCUGCCGCCGCCGCUCAGGAGCAGCAGCAGCAGCAGCAGGUCGCCGCGGGAUCCAGCUCCGGCGGCGCCACUACCGGGGAAAGGAUGGUGUCUGCAGCCGGCUCUAUGGUCCUCCCGGCCGGGGUGAUCAACCCCGCUGUCCCGAUCAGGAAUAUCCAGAUGAAAUUCGCCGUGCUGGUGGGCCUGAUCCAGGUCGGCGAGGUUAGCAACCGGGACAUCGUGGAGACCGUGCUGAACCUGCUGGUGGGCGGCGAGUUUGACCUGGAGAUGAACUUCAUCAUCCAGGAGGCGGAGAGCAUCGGCUGUAUGGUGGAGCUGCUGUCCCACUGCGAGGUGACGUGCCAGGCCGAGAUCUGGAGCAUGUUCACGGCCAUCCUGCGCAAGAGCGUGCGCAACCUGCAGACCAGCACCGAGGUCGGCCUCAUCCAGCAGGUGCUGCUCAAGAUGAGCACCGUGGACGACAUGAUCGCAGACCUGCUGGUGGACAUGCUGGGAGUCAUGGCCAGCUACAGCAUCACAGUCAAGGAGCUGAAGCUGCUCUUCAGUAUGCUGAGAGGGGACAACGGCAUCUGGCCAAGACACGCGAUCAAGCUCUUGUCCGUGUUGAACCAGAUGCCUCAGAGACACGGUCCUGACACCUUCUUCAACUUUCCAGGACGCAGUGCAGCAGCCAUAGCGCUACCACCGAUUGCCAAAUGGCCGUACCAGAACGGGUUCACUAUCAAUACUUGGUUCAGACAGGAUCCACUCAACAACAUAAACGUGGACAAAGACAAACCGUACCUCUACUGUUUCCGCACCAGUAAAGGAAUCGGUUACUCCGCUCACUUCGUGGGAAACUGUCUCAUCGUGACGUCGUUGAAGUCGAAAGGAAAAGGUUUUCAGCACUGUGUGAAGUAUGAUUUCCAGCCGCGCAAGUGGUACAUGAUCAGCAUCGUCCACAUCUACAACCGCUGGAGGAACUCUGAGAUCCGUUGCUAUGUCAACGGUCAGCUGGUCUCCUAUGGUGACAUGGCCUGGCACGUCAACACCAAUGAUAGCUACGACAAGUGUUUCCUGGGUUCGUCAGAGACGGCGGAUGCGAACAGGGUGUUUUGCGGUCAGCUGGGAGCCAUUUACGUGUUCAGCGAAGCUCUCAACCCGGCUCAGAUCUUUGCCAUUCACCAGCUCGGCCCGGGAUACAAGAGCACUUUCAAGUUUAAGUCAGAGAGCGACAUCCACCUGGCAGAGCAUCACAAGCAGGUGUUGUACGAUGGUAAGCUGGCCAGCUCCAUCUCCUUCACCUACAACGCCAAGGCGACAGAUGCACAGCUCUGCCUGGAGUCGUCGCCCAGGGAGAACCCGUCCAUCUUUGUCCACUCACCACAUGCGCUCAUGCUGCAGGAUGUGAAGGCAAUUGUUACCCACUCGAUCCACAGUGCCAUCCACUCUAUAGGAGGCAUCCAGGUUCUGUUUCCUCUCUUUGCUCAGCUGGAUUACAAACAGCUCAACGACAGCAGCGUGGACACCACAGUCUGUGCCACUCUGCUGGCGUUCCUCAUGGAGCUGUUGAAGAGCUCAGUGGCCAUGCAGGAGCAAAUGCUGGGAGGAAAAGGCUUCCUGGUGAUCGGGUACCUGCUUGAGAAGUCAUCCCGGGUUCACAUCACGAGGGCCGUGCUGGAGCAGUUCCUGUCCUUCGCCAAGUAUCUGGACGGUUUACCUCACGGGGCGCCGCUCCUCAAACAGCUCUGCGACCACGUCCUCUUUAACGCCGCCAUCUGGAUACACACCCCUGCCAAGGUGCAGCUGUCGCUCUACACGUACCUGUCGUCGGAGUUCAUCGGCACCGCCACCAUCUACACCACCAUCCGCCGCGUCGGCACCGUCCUGCAGCUGAUGCACACUCUCAAGUACUACUACUGGGCCAUCAACCCGCUGGAGUGCAGUGGAAUCUCCCCCAAAGGUCUUGACGGACCACGGCCGUCCCAGAAGGAGAUCAUCUCGCUCAGAGCCUUCAUGCUCCUCUUCCUCAAACAACUCAUACUAAAGGACCGGGGCGUGAAGGAGGACGAGCUGCAGAGCAUCCUCAACUACCUACUGACGAUGCACGAGGACGAGAAUAUACACGACGUGCUGCAGCUGCUGGUGGCUCUCAUGUCCGAGCACCCGGCGUCCAUGAUCCCCGCGUUUGAUCAGAGAAAUGGAAUAAGAGUGAUCUGCAAACUCCUGGCGUCAAAGAGCGAGAGCAUCCGGGUUCAAGCCCUCAAAGUCCUCGGCUAUUUCCUCAAGCAUCUCGGUCACAAGAGGAAGGUGGAGAUAAUGCACACGCACAGUCUGUUCACGCUGCUGGGGGAGAGGCUGAUGAUGCACACCAACACCGUCUCCAUCACCACCUACAACACCCUGUAUGAGAUUCUGACGGAGCAGGUCUGCACUCAGGUGGUCCACAAACCCCACCCUGAGCCCGACUCCACUGUGAAGAUCCAGAAUCCGAUGAUUUUAAAAGUGGUGGCGACCCUCCUGAAGAACUCCACUCCCAGUGCCGAGCUGAUGGAGGUCAGGAGGCUCUUCCUGUCCGACAUGAUAAAACUCUUCAGCAACAGCCGCGAAAACCGGCGCUGCCUGCUGCAGUGCUCUGUGUGGCAGGACUGGAUGUUCUCCCUCGGAUACAUAAACCCAAAGAACCCCGAGGAGCAGAAAAUAACCGAGAUGGUGUACAACAUAUUUAGGAUCCUGCUCUACCACGCCAUCAAGUACGAGUGGGGCGGGUGGCGAGUCUGGGUCGAUACCCUGUCUAUCGCACACUCCAAGGUGACCUACGAAGCCCAUAAGGAAUACUUAGCCAAGAUGUAUGAAGAGUACCAGCGACAGGAGGAGGAGAACAUGAAGAAGGGGAAGAAAGGCUCCGUGUCCACCAUCUCCGGACUUUCGGCGACGGCGGUCCCCGUCGUGAACGGCAACCUGGAGAUCGACGACAACUCCCAGACGCAGACGCCCGAGAGCGAGGCCGAGUAUAGCGAGGGGGCCGCGGGAGACUCGCGGAACCUCCUUGCAGAAGGCGCGGUGAAGCGACCCAAUGGAGAAGCUCUGACGCCGGGGGAGCAGAGUGCCGGUCCGGGAGUGAGAGUGGAGGUCCACGACCUGCUGGUGGACAUUAAAGCAGAGAAGGUAGAGGCCACGGAAGUGAAACUGGACGACCUUGACUUGUCCCCAGAAGGCCUCGGUGGAGGCGGAGGAGGCGGGCGAGGAAUGGAGAACGGACCUCUGGUCGAGGUGGACUCGCUCCUGGACAGCGCUUACUGCGCCGUGGUCCAGAACAUGAACGGGAAUCUGGCGCCCAAAGAUGACACGUCGACCUCGGGGGUCGGGAUGGGGACAGGCCUCGGGCUCUCAGGUGUCAGCCUGGAGGACGAUGGGAACAUGGGUCCGCUCAUCACACUGGCUGACGAGAAGGACAGCGUCCCGAGCAACAAUGGGUUUCUCUUCAGCAAGGUCGAUGAGAAGCUGCUCCCAGCUCUGGCUGCCACAGAUCCCCUUAUACUGUCGAGUCCGGACCAGCCCGCUCCACCUGGCCCGGUCCCAGCUCACUCCAGCACCAGCGCCAGCGAUGACCUCAGCCUGCUGGCCCACAUGACGAGCUGCGGCUCUGAUUUACAGAGCCAGAGUCACACUUCUGGGGAGCUUCCGGAGGACGGGCCCUUCAAGAUCCAGAGCCCCCUCGCUGACAUCAGCUCCAUCGCUGAGGCCGAGAGCCAAGCCCAGAUGCAGGGAGCCUCCAGGCCAGACUUCCCCGAGGGAGAGGGCACUGCCGGGGCAGAGGGAGAGGACGGUGCGCUCAAGACGGGUGGAGACACGGCCAGCACCACCUCUGACACAGAGAGGUCGGAUGACGGGAAAGACAAGGACACCAAAAAGAUCCAAACUACUGCAACUACUCAGGCCCUCCACGGUCGCACCGCGGCGCAGUUGGAGCGCGACCUGCGCGUUGACCUGGGCUUCAGGGGCAUGCCCAUGACGGAGGAGCAGCGGCGGCAGUUCAGCCCUGGGCCGCGCACAACCAUGUUCCGCAUCCCAGAGUUCAAGUGGUCGCCCAUGCACCAGAGGCUGCUCACCGACCUGCUGUUUGCCCUGGAAACCGACGUCCACGUGUGGAGGAGCCACUCCACCAAGUCCGUGAUGGAUUUUGUCAACAGCAAUGAGAACAUCAUCUUCGUCCACAACACCAUCCACCUCAUUUCUCAGAUGGUGGACAACAUCAUCAUCGCCUGUGGAGGCAUCCUGCCUCUGCUGUCUGCCGCCACCUCCCCUUCUAGUUCUAAGAACAGUGCCAGCACUACGGAGUUGGAGAACAUCGAGGCGACGCAGGGCAUGUCCUCGGAGACGGCGGUCACGUUCCUCUCGCGCCUCAUGGCAAUGGUGGACGUGCUGGUGUUCGCCAGCUCCCUGAACUUCAGCGAGAUCGAGGCGGAGAAGAACAUGUCGUCAGGAGGCCUGAUGAGGCAGUGUCUGCGUCUGGUGUGCUGCGUGGCGGUGAGGAACUGUCUGGAGUGCAGGCAGAGACAGAGAGACCGCAGCUGCAAGUCGUCCUUAACCAGCAGCAAGUCCCAGGACAGCCUCCACAGUGCCUCCACCACCAGCAAGCAGGAUCCAGACAGACUGUUGCAGGACGUCGACAUCAAUCGUCUCCGAGCUGUUGUUUUCAGAGAUGUGGAUGACAGUAAACAAGCUCAGUUCCUGGCGCUGGCGGUUGUCUACUUCAUCUCGGUCCUCAUGGUGUCCAAGUACCGAGACAUUCUGGAACCCCAGCGGGAGAUUGGCAGGUCCACCAGCCUAUCAGGGAGAAGCAUCCGCCACGAGAUCAACUCCCCGACCAGCACAGAGCACCCGUCCACGGCCUUCUCUGACAAACAGACCCCCACCCCCGUGGACGACUCUCCCAGGGCCGGCCUCCCCCACACAGACUCUGGCAUCGGCGACGAGGGCCAUGUGGCUGGUUCCCUGAACGGCUCGGAGAUGGGUCUCGGGCUCGGCCUGGGCCUGGUCGGGAGAGAGACAGACAGAGACCGAGACAGAGACAUGGGAGGAGGGGGAGGAGGAGGAGGCGGGGGAGGGAGCACAGAUCUGUUGUGUAGCCUGUCUGAUGUCAGGAGGUCGCAGGAGAGCCUUCUGGAUUCUCCUCACAACCCCAGCUCCGCCUCCAGCCAAGCCCCGCCCUCGUCCAUCUCCAGCAUUAGUCAAACAAACAAAGGCAUCAAUGUCAAGGAGAUCCUGAAGAGCUUGGUGGCUGCUCCACUCGAUGGUGGGGACCUGGGCCAGGAGUCGGGGCCAACACCCUAUCACCCAGACCCGGCUCUGAAGACGCACCCCAUGCUGCCCAUGCAGUUCCACUCCUUUGACAGGAGUGUUGUGGUUCCCGUCAAAAAGCCGCCACCGGGCAGCCUGUCCGUCAACACGGUGGGCACGCCCACCACCAGCGGAGCGGCCAAUGCGGGCAGCACGCCGAACAUAUUUGCCGCCGCGACGGCAACUCCCAAGAGCAUGAUCAACACGACAGGUGCGACAGACUCCGCCUCCUCGUCCUCGUCCUCCUCCUCGUCGUUUGUCAACGGCGCGACGAGUAAGAAUCUGCCGGCGGUGCAGACGGUGGCGCCCAUGCCGGAGGACACGAUGGAGAAUAUGAGUGCCUAUUGUGAGGUGGCGCAGUGUGCGCUGCGCAGCGGUCAGACGCCCCCUGAGCUCAAGUCUUUUAGCUCUCUGGCAGGCUUCCAGGCAACCCCCCGAGAUGCAGGACAGUGUUUUAGCAUCACCACCAAGCUGGAGCGCGCCCUGGAGAAGGUGGCCCCCCUGCUGCGGGAGAUAUUUGUGGACUUUGCGCCCUUCUUGUCCAGGACACUGCUGGGUAGCCAUGGGCAGGAACUGCUCAUAGAAGGUACAGGUCUGGUGUGCAUGAAGUCGAGCACGUCCGUGGUGGAGCUCGUGAUGUUGCUCUGUUCUCAGGAGUGGCAAAACUCCAUUCAGAAGAACGCCGGCCUGGCCUUCAUCGAGCUCAUCAACGAGGGAAGGCUCCUGUGCCACGCCAUGAAGGAUCAUAUUGUGCGCGUCGCUAACGAAGCGGAGUUCAUCCUGAACAGACAGAGGGCGGAGGACGUUCACAAGCACGCUGAGUUUGAGUCCAACUGUGCCCAGUACGCCGCGGACCGCAGGGAAGAGGAGAAAAUGUGCGAUCACCUCAUCAGCGCCGCCAAGCACAGGGAUCAUGUGACGGCGAACCAGCUGAAACAGAAGAUCCUCAACAUCCUGACCAAUAAGCACGGCGCCUGGGGGACGAUGUCGCAGAGCCAAUUACAUGACUUCUGGCGUCUAGACUACUGGGAGGACGACCUGAGGAGGAGACGGAGAUUUGUGCGAAACGCCUUCGGAUCCACUCACGCAGACGUGGCGCUCAAGGCCCUGGAGGAUUACGGUACCGAGGAGGAAGAGGAGGGCGUGAAGUCGAAAAAGACUUUCCGCAGCCAGUCGGUCGUCGCCCAGAACCCAGAGGCGGAGCUGAUGCUGGAGGGAGACGACGACGCCGUCAGCCUGCUUCAGGAGAAGGAGAUCGAUAACCUUGCAGGACCCGUGGUUUUAAGCACUCCCGCUCAGCUGGUCGCUCCAGUCGUGGUGGCUCGAGGCACUCUGUCCAUCACGACCACCGAGAUCUACUUCGAGGUGGAUGAAGAGGACUCUGCGUUCAGGAAGAUGGACGCUAAAGUGCUCGCCUACUCGGAGGGUCUGCACGGCAAGUGGAUGUUCAGCGAGAUCCGAGCGGUGUUUUCCAGACGUUACCUGCUGCAGAACACGGGCCUCGAGGUCUUCAUGGCCAACAGGACAUCUGUGAUGUUUAACUUCCCCGACCAAGCCACGGUCAAGAGAGUGGUUUACAGUCUGCCGCGGGUCGGGGUGGGAACAAGUUACGGCCUCCCACAGGCCAGGCGGAUUUCCUUGGCCACGCCUCGUCAGCUCUUCAAGUCGUCCAACAUGACGCAGCGCUGGCAGAGGAGAGAGAUCUCCAACUUUGAGUACCUCAUGUUCCUCAACACCAUUGCAGGGAGGACCUACAACGAUCUGAACCAGUAUCCCAUCUUCCCUUGGGUCUUGACCAACUACGAUUCCGAGGAGCUCGAUCUCACUCUACCUGGCAACUUCAGAGACCUCUCAAAGCCGAUCGGUGCACUGAAUCCCAAGCGGGCGGCGUUUUACGCGGAACACUACGAGACGUGGGACGACGACAGCACGCCGUCUCACCACUACACCACCCUGUACUCCACCGCUCAUUCGACGCUGAUGUGGAUGCUCAGAAUAGAGCCUUUCACCACGUUCUUCCUCAACGCCAACGACAACAAGUUCGACCAUCCGGAGAGAGCCUUCGCCGGCAUCGGCCGCUCCUGGAGGAACUGCCAGAGGGACACGGCUGACGUCAAGGAGCUGAUCCCAGAGUUCUACUAUCUCCCCGAGAUGUUUGUCAACAGUAACGAGUAUGAGCUCGGGGUACGUGAAGACAGCGUCCCCGUGUGUGACGUCGAACUUCCCGCCUGGGCUAAGAAACCUGAGGAUUUUGUCCGCAUUAACCGGAUGGCUUUGGAGAGCGAGUUCGUGUCGUGCCAGCUUCACCAGUGGAUCGACCUAAUAUUCGGCUACAAGCAGCGAGGGCCCGAGGCCGUCCGAGCUCUCAACGUCUUCAACUUCUUGUCCUACGAGGGAGCGGUCGUCCUGGACAACUUAGAUGCUGCACAGCGGGAGGUUAUUGAGAUGCAGAUUCAGAUGUACGGUCAGAUCCCCUCGCAGCUGCUGAUCGAGCCACACCCACCGCGCUCCUCCGCCAUGCACCUGUGUUUCCUUCCCCAGAGCCCUUUGAUGUUUAAGGAUCAGAUGCAGCAGGACGUCAUCAUGGUGCUCAAGUUCCCGUCCAACUCGCCCGUCACGCACGUCGCCGCCAACACGCUCCCGCACCUGAGCAUACCGGCCGCCGUCACCGUCACGUGCAGCCGCCUGUUUGCGGUCAACCGCUGGCACAACACCGUCGGCCUUCGAGGAGCUCCGGGAUACUCGCUGGAACAGGCUCAUCAUCUUCCCAUCGAGAUGGACCCUCUCAUAGCAAACAACUCGGGCGUGAACAAGCGUCAGAUCACAGACCUGGUGGACCAGAGCAUCCAAAUCAACACGCACUGUUUUGUGGUCACCGCCGACAACCGCUACAUCCUGGUCUGCGGUUUCUGGGACAAGAGCUUCCGCGUCUACUCCACCGAGACCGGAAAGCUGACCCAGAUAGUUUUCGGUCACUGGGACGUGGUGACGUGUCUGGCCCGGUCAGAGUCCUACAUCGGAGGAGACUGCUACAUCGUGUCCGGCUCCAGAGACGCCACUCUCCUCCUGUGGUACUGGAGUGGACGACACCACAUAAUAGGAGACAACCCUAAUAACAGCGACUAUCCCGCUCCCAGGGCAGUACUGACAGGACACGACCACGAGGUGGUGUGUGUGUCCGUCUGUGCAGAGCUGGGACUCGUCAUCAGCGGAGCUAAAGAGGGCCCGUGCCUGGUCCACACCAUCACCGGGGAUCUGCUGCGGGCUCUGGAGGGGCCAGAGCUCUGCCAGAGGCCCCGUCUCAUCUCGGUGUCCAGCGAGGGCCACUGCAUCAUUUACUACGAGAGGGGCCGGUUCUGCAACUUCAGCAUCAACGGGAAGCUGCUGGCAGAAAUGGAGGUCAACGAUUCCACGCGGGCAAUUUUAUUGAGCAGCGACGGACAGAACUUGGUGACGGGAGGCGAUAACGGGGUCGUGGAAGUGUGGCAGGCGUGCGACUUCAAACAGCUUUACAUCUACCCAGGCUGUGACGCGGGCAUCCGGGCCAUGGACCUCUCACAUGACCAGAGGACUCUGAUCACUGGAAUGGCCUCUGGGAGCAUUGUGGCGUUUAACAUAGACUUCAACCGCUGGCACUACGAGCACCAGAACAGGUACUGAGGUGGACCGCUUUGAGGAGAGAGGAUAACGGAGAGGAGAGAAGAACAAAAGGGAGACGGAGACGAUGCAUUCUUCUGUGUGGGGAAACUGACAGGUACUGAGAGAGGAAGGAGAAACUGGAUCUUAGGCUCUAUUCUGUUAAGAAGUUUACUUGAUUUGAGGAAAUGCAGCAGCAGCGCUGCGCUGCGGGGCGGGAGAAUAACCUCCUCCAUCCACAUGUGAAAGAACACGACCCCGUGUGUAACCUACAGACACAUAAACACCCAGAAGACACGCGCCCCAAAAAUCUGCUUUUAAAAUAGACAAGACUGCAGAACCCGGAGGUCGCUCGUACUCGCACCACUCGCAGGACCGGUACGCUUUAACGCUUCACAGGUAAUGAAAACCCUAAACUUUUGCUUUCUUUUCUUUUCUUUUCUGUUUCACUGUUUUAAAAUCUUUGUUGGAUACUUUUUUUGAGUUUGAGUAGAGGAUUAAUUCAAAUGGGUGGACGAUGAAUUUAAAACUCCUUCAACGUGAUUUAGAACCGACCCACCCACCAUUCAAACAUCGGUGCUAUUGGCUAUUGGAUUUUAAAUUCCCUCUUGAAAAAAAAAUUGCCUGGGGUUUGAUUUGAUCUUUUUUUGUUUUUUAAUAUAUAUACAUAUAUAUAUAUAUAUAUAAUUAUUAUUUUUCUUUCUUUUACCCACAGCAGGGUUAGGUUUUAGGUUGUUUUUUUUGUUUUUUAUGUACAUAAGGCUCUGCUUCCUUGCAGAGUCUACAUUUGUUCUUUCACGACACAAACUGCGCUUAUCACCUUUAAUUUAUUAAUGACUUGCUGUAUGUAAGAUAUUGUGUAAUAAUUAUUAUUCUAAUGUUGACAAGGCUGAUGGUAAUAACGGCAGUGUCAAAGGAUCGGUGAUUGUUUUGCCACCCGAGAUGGCAACGAUGGGGUCUCGCCAGUGGACGACAACCACACAACUUACAACAUAAUUUCCUUUGUAUAUUUGGUGAUUGUUUUGUCAAAUAUGUACAUAUAGUCUUGGUCCGGGCUCGGUGGGAGACUUUAAUCAGCUGAAUAAGACUGAAACCGCAAAGGAAAAACCUUCACUUAUCCACACUUGUUGAUUAUUUUAAAGAAAAAAAGGAAAAAAAAAAAGAAUCACAUCAAUGUAAGAGUUUGUUUUGUAUUUGCACUUUGCACCAAUCACAUAUCAUUAUUUAUUCGCUUAGUUCUUUCUGGUCGGCUGCCAUUUUGUUUAGGUCCAUUUUUUUCUUUUCUCUUCACCCGACGGGA